CUCUAUAAAAAAACUCUGACGCUGGUUUUAUUUUCUUAACUUUCUUCAUGUUGGAUUCUAAAGUUUCGGCUCUUUGGUCGGCCGGUGAUGAUGAGGGUCGGGAUUCGCCUAGGAAAUGCUUCACCAAUUACCAAUUUGGAGGGGGUGGAAGCUGGCCCACACACCUCACCUGCGUGCCAGAGACGCACAAUCAAUCGGUACCGGACCUCAACCGCACAUGGACUUGUUCACCGUCAUCCUUACAGCCGCCGUCGUCACAAGUGUGCUGAGCAGUAGUUCCAGUAUUGAUAAUAAAAAUGAUUCACACAUUGAAAAAAUUUUGAACAGACCCCCUCAAAACCACUCAGUCAGAUUCAUCGGGGGUUUAAAUGAAGGGCUAGGAAGUAAACGGAGAAAACUAAGAGGUAAAGUUCAACCAAUAAAAAAUAGGCAUAAGGGGAAGAUUCAACCUGACCAAAGUGUAUGGUGGCCAUGGCAGAGCUACGAGGAAUGGAGCCUAAGCCGAAAACACUUGAUUCAGUCAGAAUUGCAUAAAAAUGACUCGAGCAAUCGGCAAAACAAAAACCAGCAAGCGCACAGGAGAAAAGGCAAGAAGAAAAGAGACAAAAGAAAGAGUAAAAAGAAGAAAUCCAUGUUCAACAACGUGACUAUACACACGAACACCGUAUCAAAUAAAUUACACUUUAAAUUGAAAGAAGAAACAGAAAAAGGGCAACACGAUGAUAACCAUCAGAGGCAACCAAUUGAACCGAGGACCUUCAAAGACUUGCCGACAUUCGAAUUAAAGUACAACAAAGUUACAAAGCGAAACUUUACAGCUGAUUAUAAUGAAUGCCUUGUGGACAAUGGCGGCUGUGAAGGACUUUGCAUAAAUACAAUCGGGUCCUAUAAAUGUCACUGUCCUGAAGGAUUUCGCUUGGAUCCUUAUACUAAAAAUUGCAAAGAUAUUAAUGAAUGUAUACUUCGAAAUGGGCAUGGACCUUGUCAAGGGGAGUGCUACAACAAAUGGGGGAGCUUCAGCUGUGGCUGUCAAUCCAUUCCAGGAACGGAACUGUCUGAAGAUGGCAUAAGCUGCAAGGUAGUGGACUCCUGUGCGAAGGAGCAGUGCAGUCACAUGUGUAUCAACACCCGUCUGGGGGCUUUCUGUGCUUGCCCACAAGGAUUCGUUCUUUCGGCAGAUUGGAAGAACUGUGUUGACGUCGAUGAGUGCCUGCAGACCGAUCUUCAGAGCCCACCUUGCAAAAACAACUGUACCAAUACUAACGGUUCAUAUAUUUGCCACUGAUCAUUUAAGUUCAGAUGUAGAUCAGGUUUAUUUACGUACUAUAUUCCAUAAUUUAUAAUGCUUUCUUAUAUUGUUCUGAUUACAUAAUAACCUAUUAUUAAUUAUUAUAUAAUCAAUAAUCUUACAUUGUAAAAUAAUCCAUUUGU